UGUUGCCUCUUCUUUCCAGAACUACUCCUUGUUCCUUCUUUGCCACAAUUUCCAUGGCCGAGCCAAGCAUGAUCUGUGCUGCUUUGCAGCCUGUCAUUUGUGGCUUUAUCAAUGAAGCAGGGGUGCCUGCAGCCACUGCAAAACGCUUCUCAUCUUUUGCCUGCAUCAAGCGCAAACACAGACUCCUUAGAAAAGCAAGGGAAAACCUGCAAGCUAUUAGGAAGGUGGUUCAGGGACAAGUUGAUCUCGAGACCAACCACCUCAAUGAGUGUGAUCCUCGAGUCAAUUUGUGGCUUAGAAGGGUAGCCAGUGUCCGAGGUGAUUCCAUCGACCACGAAUAUGAUAGAUUGAUGCAGUCCUCCUGGUUAUGGCGUUCAGUUCUGGGCCUUGGGAAACGAUACCGUCUUGGCAAGCAUAUUGCCCAGAUGCUAGAAGAUAUUGCUGAGCUAAUCGAGGAAGGGAAUCAAUUUAAAACAUUUGCAUCCAAGCGUUUGCCAGAUUUCGUUGAGGAGAGACCACAGACACAAACCUUUGGCAUCAAGCCAGUGCUAAGAGAUUUGUGGAAAUCAUUUGAAAGCACUGAUGAGCCCCCUCUUUUUCUUCUUGUUCCCGAUUCACUACUAAGCAAGUUCGAACGAAUUGACUAUUCGUGUGAUAAAUUCUUUGAGUUAACUUGCUAUUUUCAUGAGAAAUAAAAUUGACAAGUCGAAGUUGGAGAUUAUCCUCUUCUUGCAGGAGAUCCUGCGGGAAAAGUGUUGCUAAAUUUCUCCCUUCGUUCAUUUGAUAUGCGACUGCAGGUCGAACCAAAACAAAAUACUUUUCCUUGCUUUUGAGAAUUUUUUUUCGUUGAACAUAAACCCAAUUUUUCCCUUUUUUUAUUCCUUAGAAUCUUUUUUUUCUCUUUCUGGUGGUAUCAAACUGCCACCUAAUA